AAUAAAGGAUGUCCAUCGUAACAAGAUUUGCUUCAUAUUUCAUUAAGAGCAGAGUCAUCAACUACUCAUGUAAGGCUAGUGUCUAUCGAUUUUUAGUGUAAGUGGAUAGAAUAAUGACUGAGAUGUGCAAGGCUGGGUUGUAAGACCCAGAGGAAGGAUUCUUGGAAAGAGACCCCAUGAGUUAUUAUGAAUGCAGAUUCUACUCUCACAUUGCUAGAAACUGGACUCCCAGACUUGAAUCAUUGUAACUAUUUAUUUAUUCAAUAUGAAUAAAGUGAAAAGGAAUAAUACGAAUUGGCAAGAAAUAAGUUUGUUCAAUUUGAAGACCUCUACUCCUUCAUCUUGACUUUACACAGAGCAACAUGGGAAUACAGAUCACUCUAUUUGGAAUUAACCAAAGAAAUAGCUACUCACAAUACUUGGUUUAGAAGUGAACACACGACCUUAACUUAUGAACAUCACUUGGAGGAAGCCAUUAAUAAGUACAUCAAUCUUUUGGAUCAGUUGAAGGAGUAUCCAUUGUGGCAAGAGAGAGUCAAAGAGGAAAUUGGAUAUUAUUUGCAUCUUAUCUACAACUCUACCACUCAUUCAGGUUAGAGUAAGGAAUUGUUUGCUAAAUUUGUAUUUCAAAUCAUUUAUAUUUAUUUUAGGAUAAAUUAUAUUUCUUCAAAUGAUUGCAAUCAUAUGAAUAUGUUAGUAUUUGCAUAAAUA